AUGGCUUUGGGAGAGACACCUCCAUUCAGGCCAUUCCCUGAAAGGGACUCUGCUGUGACCUGUCAGCAGGCAACACUGUUGGUGGCUGUAGGAAGUGGGGCUCCGGCAGCACACCACAGCAGCCACUGCAUCUCUGUUGUCCCAGGUUCCUCGUGCCCUCACUCCAGGCACUGUGCACUCUGGUCCCUGCACUCUCUGCCGUCUCGGAACCUGGAUACUCCAGCUCUUGCCAAGGUGCUGGGAGCACAGGUUCAGCUGCUCUUUGCACUCCCUAUUGCUUUCACAAAGCCCCAACUCUACUCCCAAAGCAAACGUAAUGAGAAGCCGCUAUGUGGUGCCUCAAUCCUGGCAGUAGCAAUUUGGCUACGAGUUGGCAAAGAUGGUCCAGAGAUUCUCAGUCCUGGGGAUGCUACCAUUAACCCCUAUAUUGCUGUGAAUAUCUUGAUUGUUGUGGGUGCUAUCAUCAUGAUUCUGGGUUUCCUGGGAUGUUUUGGUGCCAUGAAAGAAAACCAGUUCAUGCUUGUUUUGUUUUUCGUAGGAUUGAUUCUGAUCCAACUUCUGCAAGUGGUGGCAGGUAUCCUAGGAGCUACUAACAAAUCUAAGACUGAACGUGCUCUGAAUGAGACUCUCCAGACUAAUGUACAUCUUUUGAGUGCAACAAAUGAAAAUGGAAAACUAUUCCAGAAAGCCUUUUCUGAAAUUCAAGAAAAGUUAAAAUGUUGUGGUUUGAUCAGUGGAGCUUCUGACUGGGGAAAUAAUUUUCAAUACUAUUACAAGUCAUGUGAAUGUCCAAGUGCAUCAGAUUCUUCUUGUAUAAAGUAUGAUGGAAAAACUAUUUACAAACAGUCAUGCUUUUCUUUGAUAAGAGGCUUAUUUUCAAGACGUCUUUCCAUAGUUAUUGGACUAGCGUUUGGACUGGCAGCUGUUGAGGUACUUGGUCUGAUAUUUUCUAUUGUCCUGUACUGCCAGAUCAGGAAGAAAUAA